AUGGCGUCCAGCUCACCGUGUCCUCCUCCGUCGCCGCGGCUCGCCCACCUCCUCCUCGUCCUCGUCGCCGCGGUCGUCCUGCUUGGCCGCGGCGGAGAGGCACGGCAGCCGGCGCCGCUCCACGGCGUCGUGCGGUCCAUGGCAUUCGACGAGGGCUACACCCAACUCUUCGGCAGCGGCAACCUCGCCCUCCGCCGCGAUGGCAAGCGCGUCCACCUCGCCCUCGACGAGUCCACCGGCUCCGGGUUCGCCUCCCAGGACCUGUUCCUCCACGGCUUCUUCAGCGCCGCAGUGAAGCUCCCUGCCGACUAUGCCGCCGGUGUCGUCGUUGCAUUCUACCUGUCGAACGCCGACGCGUACGAGAAGACCCACGACGAGCUGGACUUCGAGUUCCUGGGCAACGUGCGCGGGCGCGAGUGGCGGGUGCAGACCAACGUGUACGGCAACGGCAGCACCGGCGCCGGCCGGGAGGAGCGCUACGACCUCCCCUUCGACCCCACGGACGACUUCCACCACUACUCCAUCCUCUGGACCCAACACCGCAUCAUAUUCUACGUGGAUGAGACCCCGAUCAGGGAGGUGGUGAGGAGGGAGGCCAUGGGCGCGGCGUUCCCCUCCAAGCCCAUGUCCCUCUACGCCACCAUCUGGGACGGCUCCGCCUGGGCCACCCUCGGUGGCCGCUACAGGGUCAACUACAAGUACGCGCCAUUCGUCGCCGAGUUCGGCGACCUCGUCCUCCAGGGCUGCCCCGUCAACCCCAUCGACCACGCCGCGGCGGCGGCCUGCGGCACGCCCUGGUACGAGCCCGCCGCCGCCUCCUUGUCGGCCGGGCAGCAGGCGUCGAUGUCUGCUUUCAGGCGUGGGCACAUGUCCUACUCCUACUGCCACGACCGCCGCCGGUACCCGGUCGCUCUGUCAGAGUGUGACGCCGCCGCGCUCCCGCGCUUGUUCGGCCCGGACGGGAUGAAGUACGGCGGCGACCGCCGGCACCGCCGCGGAGGGCGCGGCCACCGCUCCGACGUCGUCAUGUGA